AUGCAGGCUGCAGCUCUUUGCUUUCUCAUAGGCGCAGCUACAGCCGUCAUCAGGCAGCCGUUGACAUGGCAAACAUCUCCAAGAAUUGAAAUGAUAAGACGUGGAGUUUACGAAGAUUAUCUGAGGAUGAUGGACGCUAUGCGAGCAGCAACUCCGGGAAAAUUUCCAAAUAGAGCACUAGACUAUCAUGACUACGAAUACGUCUCAACUAUUACUAUUGGGACACCACAACAACGUUUUGUAGUAGUUCCCGAUACUGGGUCUGCAGACCUGUGGGUACCCGAUGUUAAGUGCGAUUAUGCAUGUAGAGGAAAACACAAAUUCUCUGCAAAUUCUUCAAGCACCUUUGUUAGUAGCAAAUCAAGGUGGUCUAUCCGAUAUGCUACGGGAGACGCAAAAGGUGUUGUGGGCAAAGAUAUAGUCAGGCUUGGAGGAGAAGAUGAAAAGCAGCUUGUGAUUCCCGACAGCGUAUUCGGCCUUGCAGAACAUAUCUCACCAAAUUUCAAAAAGAGUGCAAUGGAUGGAGUUCUCGGACUUGCGUUCUCGAGUAUCUCUGAAAUCAAGGGAGGACCUCCUCUGCUUAACGCUGUAAAGCGAGGUCUGCUAGAACAACCUAUAUUCACUGUGUGGUUAGCAAAACGUGGACUACGAGAUGGCGUGUAUGGAGGUCAGUUUACUUACGGAGGAUUGGAUACUGAACACUGUGGACCAGUUAUUGCCUAUGAACCAUUGACAUCUGCCUCACAUUGGAGAUUUAAG